AUGGACGGCAAUCAUUCGGGAGUCACUUGGUUCGAUGAAGACAGGUGGAUCGGAUCUGAAGUCACGUUUGGGGAACCCCACCCAUCAAGAUGGAGGCUCAACCGGAAACUUGCUGAAAGUGAAGAUUGCGCUACUGAAUCUGAUGUCAAGGAGUGUAUGAUGGCCUCUGAAGCCCGCGGUGUCUUUGUGUGUUCGAGUAUUGAUGAUCCAACCCAAGAGGCUGUGGUUAAGAUUCGGAUGCACACAGCAUUCAAGUCUCGUCAAGCGAGGGCAAGGCAGGCAGAGCCGGACAUGAGGGUAACGUCACAAAGAGAGGUCAGCGCCCUUGAACAUCUGACUGCA